AAACGAACUGUACUUGAAUGCAACCACCCAUGAGCUAGCACACUAGCUGUUGUUAGCACUUGUUUUUUGUUAACGUGUCGUGUUUUAUUAUCUUGUGGCUAUUAUGUGAGCGUUAGUCUCGAUUGAAUUAAUUUAAGUUAUAGGUUUAAGAAAUGCUACAACAAUUGACCCGAUUUACAGUUUAAACUGUCUAAAUAAAGAACGAAGCUAAGUUUGUGUUAGCAUUAGCUUGGUGUCAAUACGAAACCUAUGCAAUUUCCUCCAAGACAAGAUGAGGACAUGUUUACACCAAGUCUUUCUCCAGAACAACAAAGAGUGUUGGCGACAAACCUCACCUCUUUCCUCUCACUGUACAGGCACCUGUCCGACUCCUACAUCAUCGAGUUUUAUACAGAGGACCUGUGGCAGACAUUACCCAGCAGCUGGCAGUCUGCACUUAAAGACCUGUCAUUUCCAGAGAUAGCAGAUCUGUUACUAGACUCUACCUGCAAAGACAGAAGAUACCCUUCAGUCUGGCCUCUGUCUCUGCUGGCAUUCAGGGCCACAGCUCAUGCCUUGGCCUUUCCCAGGGAGGACAGCCACAACCGAGACCCUUCCUUUGGGACGGUGAAGCCAGAGGAGUUCCAGGAAAACCAGAGUCAGAGCUCACUGCUGGGGCAUAUAUUCAGGAAACACGUCAAACCAAAGAAACAGCAUGAAAUACGCAAGCUGGGCACGCUGGUGAAGAGAAUUUGUGAGGAGACUGGCUGCAACCGAGUGGUGGAUGUCGGUUCUGGACAAGGUCAUCUCACUCGCUUCCUGUCCUAUGGCCUUGGUCUGUCAGUGACAGCAAUCGAAGCUGAUCAACACUUGGUUUCCAUGGCAACCGUAUUUGACAGACAGUUGUUGUGGGCCUUGGAUAAAGAAAAGCAGAAAAGGAGCUGCACCUUUCCAAUCCCAGACUCCUCUCCCUGUCAUGUGGCCGGCUGGGUCGAUCCAAAAGCCUCUUGGAAAGACUUCCUCAAACAACUGCAGUCAUCACCCUGUGCUAGUCAAAGUCCCCCUACCUUCGGCCCAAGUAAAAAGAAGUUAAAGGCCUCCAAGCAUGAAAUGACAUUACAAGACAAAGAAUUGAACCCACAAAACACAGAGAUGACGCAAGAACGUUUGACUAAGAAUGAGCUGUCAUCUUUCAACUGCUGUCAACAAACCCAAAACGUCUAUGAGAAAUCCGUGGAUGAUGACCAGGAGAGCUUCUCAGAUUUCGUCCUCACAGGGCUUCACGCAUGCGGGGACCUGAGCGCCACCCUUCUCCGCCAUUUUGUCAAGUGUCCCUACGUACGUGGCAUCACGUCGGUGGCAUGCUGUUACAUGAAAAUCACCACCAAGGAGAACCCAACUCCUCCGGGACUAGUUCAGUGCCCCACUUCCCUCACCCAAGAUGGCCCUUCUGAGUUUGGGUACCCCAUGAGCGGCUGGGUAGAGGGUCUUCCUGGGCACCAGCUUUCGUACAAGGCACGGGAGGGGUCGUGUCAUGCCAUAGAGGAUUACAUAAGAAGGUUGAGAGAGGGGAGCGAGCUAUUGAGGACGCACUGUUACAGAGCUAUGUUGGAGAGCUUCAUAGGAGACGUGAGGCCGGACCUGAGGAGAGCCGGGAUUCAGACCAUCAAGAAGGCUCAUCUGUUACACUUUACUGAGUACGCUCGUCUGGGGCUGGCCCGGGUGGGUUUGCCCCCUGACCUCCCCCUGGACUCGCGUCGGGUGGAGGCCAUGCUGGAGCAACAGGGCAGGGUGGUGGUCUUCUUCAGCCUCGCUCUGCUGCUGGCUCCUGUGGUGGAGAGUCUGGUGCUGCUCGACCGGAUCAUCUACCUACAAGAAAAUGGUGUGGGCAGUCAGCUGGUUCCUCUCUUCAACCCAAACUUCUCUCCAAGAAACUUUGUCCUGGUUUCACUGAAGCCUCAGAGAAAAUUUUAGCACAAUUUGACAACAUUUUGCCUUUGCACUAUUUGUAUAGUAUUUUUGUGUGUUUGAAGUUUCAGGCAUAUCAUGUUCCUAUUUAUUUGGCAAUGAAGACUUGCCAUGUUUAAUAGACAUUUACAAUUAGUCUACAAUUAUGUUUUAACCCAAACUGAAAAUCUUGAAGGAACCAUAUGCUACCAGUGAAAAGUUUGGACACACCUUCUUAUUCAGUGUUGUUUUUCUUUGCUACUUUCUGUAUUUUAGAUACAUAUGGAACUAAAUAUAUUAAUUAAGAUUUUUGUAAUUAUGGAGCAAAGAAACCGAAAAAAAAAAAAAUCAACAUAAUAUUAUUUAUAUUAAAAUUCCCCAAAGUAGCCACCCUUUGCUUUGUUGACAGCACUGUAAACCCUUGGCCUCCUCUCAAUGAGCUUCAUCAUGUCUCCUGAAAUGGUUGUCAGCUCAAGGUGUGCCAUGUCAGGGUCAGGGAAUGCCAAGUGUCCAAAGCAGCGAUCAAAGCAAAGGGUGGUUAUUUAAAAAAAAAAAAAGAAAGAAAAAUCUGAAACAAGUUUUGAGUCACGUUGAGUUUACUUUUUGUGUCCAUUCAUAGUUUUGAUGACUGCAGUGAGAAUCUAUAAUGUAGUAUAGUCAUGGAAAUAAAGAACAAAUAUAAAUUAAAAAGUGUGUCCAAACUUUUGACUGGUAGCGUAUGGUUCCUUCAAGAUUUUCGGUUUGGGU